AGAGCCUGAAAAAUGGUGGCUUUAAACCUUCUCUAGAGUAUUAUAAGUUUCUCUUAGAAUUGAGAUCUGUAAUUGCAUGUUACCUUAUGAUUGGAAGAAAAAAAUAGCCAGGCGGUAGCAUAUAUGGUCAGUAUUAUCUGGAUUUUGGUAUUUGUGGAUUUUAUGUGAUCUCGGUUUUAGGUGAGGGUUGUAGGGGGUGCCCCCUGUUCCCCCUCAAUUUUGAUGCUUCUGGUUGUUGCAUAAAUUAUGGCUUUCAUUUUAGUUGUUGACAUUUUUGUUUUUCUUUCUAAUACUUGUAAAGUAGGGGAUUUGUAAUUACUAUAUAAUUUAAAGUAUUUUGGAAUGUAUUUUUUGGAAGCGGGUAGGCUGAGAAAUGUCUGUCAAAAUAAACAUUUUUAAUAAUGAAAGCAGUAUGAAACUAGGGGUUCAGUGCAACAAGGUGGUCAGGCCAGACACUUCUUUGAAAGCAGGCUGGCCUUCAAUUAGCUGUUUGACAAAGCAGGAAAUGUAGACUGUGUUAGCUUGAAUUUAAUUUAAAUUGAUGUCUUUUUCUAAUACUAUGCAAAGGAAACAGCCUUACCUUGCUGUCUGCUGGUUCAUUUAGGGUAGUGGCAGUGGUCUCCAAAGUGAAGGGAAGUUUUAGGGUCCGAAGAAAGUAUUGCUUUAGUCUGAAUGUAUGCCUCAAAUUUAUGUGAAAACAUCAUGAAUAUAUUGUCUUUUAUAAGUAAAUUAUGCAAACUACCCAAUUUAUCUCUGUAGGAGCGGGCCUGGGGACCCAGUAGAAGUAAGUUGGGCUAUUUUUAAGGUGCUACAUAGACAGACCUAGUUGUUUGCCUCUGAAUGGGGCCAAGAGAAAGGCAAGGGCCUAGACUUAAAACCCGCCUGCAGGGAAGGGAUCAGGAUGGGAUGGUAACCACUCCUGAUAGAGGGACCCAUGAUCAUGAUACUGGGAAGGGCUUCUGUGGGCAAAGCCAAACUUUGGUAUCCAAAGAAGAGAGAGGCAGCAGAAACAGUACAUAAGGCAAGCAUGGGCCAUUCCAAAUGUUCUGAAUUACAGCAAGUGGGAAAUGCAAGAGGGCUACCCUGCACUGUAGGUCAGCUGCAUCAGAGCUUUCCGAUGUAAGAAUCUGAGGAUGGCCAAAAGUCGCAUCUCACAUAACUGCUUGGGCCACUGGAUAAUGGGUUUGGGAGCUCUGUGCUGGUAUUGAGAGUCUGCUUUUGGGCUCAGUAGGAAACAGUGCAGUGACAGGUUAGAAUACCCUCUGGAGAGGGGACAGGAGCAGGUGUACACUUGGCCCUGGACCCGUUUAUUGACCACUCACUCCUGGACUGACUGCUGGAUAGGGAGGGAAGAGGACCGGCAAGAGUAGAACAGGGUCUGGGCCAGAGGAUCGAGUUCUGCUCUUUCAUUUCCUCCUGACCUGUGGAGGUCCUUCUCAGAGACAGGGAGAGCUGGCCCUGCCUGCAGGCAGCAGGGUGGUCCCAGUCUUCUCAGUGACCACCCCUCAGGAGAGGGGAGACACGGAAGCUCAAAGCCAGACAGGGUUUGACAGAUAUCCAUGAACUCCUGUGGAGUUUUGAGGAUUUCUACUAUACAGGGCGCACCGGAAUCCAUGAUGGGAUUUAGUGCAUCUGCUUGGCGUAAACUGGUUGAAUGUCUUUCUCAGUUUCAGCCUAAUUCCACCCAAGGAAAAAUUCAUCUGCAGCCAUUUUCAUAGGGCACACUUAAAACCACUGGUUGUGUCAUAGACCCUCGCUGCACUCUUCUCUUAAGAAACCAGUGUGACAGUUUCAAAGGCGGAUUAGUUCCGUCAGCUCUCUGGAAGAAUGAUGAAGAAAGCCUUGAAUGUUUGCUAGACUAUCCCAGAACACAUGCGGACUCUUCCAAAAAAUUGCAUCCAAGUCAUUUUUAAACCCUAGUUUGAGUCAUUACCCCCUUGGUGGGAUAUCUCUUAGCUAUUCUGGAAAUUGACAUAGCUGCUUCAGCACCUCUCCGCUGGUGAAAAGACACUACCCACCCCAACACAAUGUUCUCAUCCUGAACACCUUUGUAUUCGGGAAUGGCUUCAGUGCAAAUGAUUGUCAGGGCGCCACAGGUUCGAGAAAUGACUUCUCAGGCCUGGUAGGUGUGCGGUAAGUUUUCAUGGCGUCUUUCCCGGAGAGCUGGGAAACGCAGUCCCGGCCGCACCUCUGGGGCACAGUCAUAAAUCAUUCACUUGCAAUAACUUGAUUGUCGUGAAUAGAAAUGAGGUCUCGAAUGGUGUUUGGGGGGUGGGGGAGAAGCAAGACUGUCGUGAGGCAAGUAGACCCCUAUUCUAGUUGUCAGCAGGGAGAACUUGAAAUGAUAGACAGAAGCAAUGGUGUUGGAGGCAGCAUGUCAAUUCAAAUAAGACCCGUUAGCACAUAGUAUCUAAUUAAAUUCUAGGUGGGAGGGCAUGUACUGUAAGUAUAAAGAGAAUCUGCAAGAUGUGAUUGGUGACGUUUUAGGAUAAUUGAGUAGACAGAAAAAGCUCAGAGGAAAAAAAAAAAAGAGGACUGAAAUGGGCUUUGAAGAAUAGGUGCAAUUUCAAAAGGGGAAGGAGAAAUAGCAUUUCUCUUCAAGAAGUUUCAAAGAUUUAUUCAGAAUCAUUUGUGAAGGACAAAAAUAACAACUUGAUAUUUUUACCAGAUUUGAAAGAGCAGUAAAUAUUUUAAGUGACAGUAUCAUAAAAAGCAUCACUUGAGUGCCAAAAGUAUUGUCCAGCUCUCCUCCUUUGCACAGGAGGAAACUGAGCCCACAGAGGCUGAUGGUUUUACCUGGUGCCACCCCAACCAGUGCGAGCCAGAGCUCGGCCUGCCGGGGAACCUGGCCUGGGACGCCAGCCUGCUGCUCUCUCUGCUGCCUGGGGUUUUGGAACCUUCCUGGGCCAUGAGGCUGCUUUUACUGUCCAGUCACAGAGCCCUCCGAAGUUUCCAGCAAGUAAUAAACUAAAAAUACGUGCUCUUUGCUCACAUGGGUCACACAGACUAAAGAGCCCCAGUGCAUUUUGUAUAGCUUUGGGGAUCAAGCUCAGAGUCACUCGGUCUGUCCAUCCAUCUGUCCUUUGUGCCGUGGAAAGAACAAUGUGUGUCAAAUAGAUCUGGGUUUAAAUCCCAGCUUUUACUCUCUACUUGCCAAGUUCAUCAUCAAGUCAUUCCGCCUUUGCAAACUGUUCCCCCGUCUGUGAAAUGGGAACACUGCCUCUCUCCUUGGGUGGCUGUGAGAAUUAAGUGACAUGGGAAGGGAUGACGCUCCUCCUGACCCUGUCAUAUGGAGUAUGUCCUCAGUAUCUGUUGCGCCAGCCCUGUGGUCAAGGCCCUGCCAGAGCUGGCCUUGUUUUCUUCAAGCCGCCUUCCUGGUUGGUGCUGUACAGAUCCUACCAGGCCAUUUUCCCCACCAGCCCCACAUUCCCAGCUGCAGACCCAGGCCCUUGGGAGCCUGGAGGGGCUCUCCUGCAGAUCUCAGACCCUCCCUGGGCAGUUGCUGCCCCAAGGGCACAUUGCUUGGAGGGAGGCAGGUGCCUUGGUCUCCUGCCCUUUGGGUGUGUGUGGCUCGGUGUGCGGAAGGGCCAGGGUCUCAGUCCCAGCUCCCCCUGCCACCUUGCCUAGGGGCCCACACAUGGUGCACUCAACACACAGGCAUUCCCAGCCGCCCCAGAUGGCGCCCUCCUCCACUGGCACCCAGGGACCUCCUCCCGGCUCCAUGUGCAGGUUUUUGACCCAUUCAAUGCACUUAUGUCCUUUAAGCCUCUUGUCCUCUUACACUUUACUGUUGUGUAGUUCUUCUGUUCUCAGCUGCUUUUCUCAAGGACAAAGGCUGUGUCUUCUUCGGAGCUCUUCCUAGCAUAGAACUGGGCACAGCAUAAUAAUCAUCCAAAUGAAUUUUUUUUUUUUUUACUCUUUGGUAAAAUUCUCCACUUUCAGGGAACUCUCACGGCAGCUCAUUUAAGGCAUCCAACACACCUCUGAAGUACCGUUGUCUCCCUUAUAGGGAGGGAAAGUAAGGUUUAUACAUAUAUAUAUAUGUAUUCUGUCAAAUUUCUACUGUACAGCAUGGUGACCCAGUUACACAUACAUGUAUAGAUUCUUUUUUCUGACAUUAUCAUGCUCCAUCAUAAAGUAAGGUUUUGAAAGGCUAAGCACAGAGUAAGUUUUAGAACUUGGUUGAUAGUUUGCUGUUCUCUUUGUUACCAAGAGUCUUUUUAAGAAAUGGUUAAUGUUGAACAGCAGGUUUUCUUGAAUCACAGUGUGUUGUGUUUACCCUGCUGAAACUUAGGUAGCUAAAGUAGAUUUCUAUAGGGCAACUAAGGUAAAAACAGGCCAUUUAACUUGGGGCGCCUUUGAAUGAAACCCAUUAUAAGUGUAUUUACAUAUUUCAGAUUUCAUGGAUAUAUUCAGAAAUAUUAAUGUAGCAUAAUUGACGUCUAAUAUUGCACCCUCAAGCCCAGGGGGAGAAUCAAUGACUCCUUCUACACCUGUCAAAGUUAAUUUUUAACCACUCGUGCAUUGCAAAACAUUCAUCCUGAAGAGCCUGAUUCAUAAAUCUUGUUUUAAAUGCUCUGGGCUUGGUUUGCAACCAAGACGAAAGCAAGCACUAAGGUAGAGGGAAAUGAUUUUCAAAGAGUUUUACUUUUCUCUGAUUUAUUUUUUAUUGGGUUUAAAAUGUGGUCUGACAUUAGAGGGUUGUUUCCAAGGUGAGAAAUGAAACUUAGAAAAAAAUACAUGUGUUUAGCCGGGUAGGAGUAAACACAGGCAAGGUGUACUAGGUUUUGUCAAAAAAUAGGAAGUUUUAUUUGUGCUCUGAAGAGGAGCAUGUAUUGGUGGAUAUAGUUCAGUUUUACUUUUGUUUUUGCAGUGCAAGCCUUCUCUUUCUCUCGAGGGACCUCAGAGAGGGAAAUAGCAAGGAAUGGGUUUCUUUUUUUUCUGCUAAGCAAUGGGCACACCUUUUCAGAUACUUUGUAGAGUGCAUCAGUGUUAUGGAAACCUGAGUUUAUUUAUAAACUCAGAUGGACAUUUUUCUUAGCACAGGGUUAUUAAGAACCCUGGAUGUGGAGUAAAGAAUUGCUAUCACCCUUAAAGGCUUUUCUGUCCUAAUUUGUUUUCAGUUAAAAUUAUGAAGGGAGGCAUCAAUUUAAUCCUUAAAAGAAGGUUUUGGUUCAUUGACUUUUUUUCUCACUGCCUUUUUAUGGGCUUCUGUUCAUAAAUCGUGGCCCACAGAGCCACGUAAGAAGCUGUGCAGGAUGAAAGGUCCUCGUGGGUCAUUUGCUCCUCAACGGUGAUUGGCACAUAGGACAUACUGUGUUCAGUCUGUAACUUACAUACUUAUCUUAAUGAUUAAGGGACAUUUUCCGGACUAGAGCACACACGGAAAGUGACAUAUGGCCUCUUUGUGCCUCUGAGUGAGUUGUACAAAAUUUUUGAGGAAAGGAAAACUAGUAUGACCUAGGGCUUUGAAGAACCUAGAAGGUACAGUUAGUUUUCAGUUAUAUAAGUUUUCCAGGGUGGUAGAGUCUGGGUUUCACAAGUUAAAAUACAAGUUUUCUUAAAAGAGCUUAGCAGGCACAUGAAAAAUAUUUCCUGGGUUGUUAAGGCAUCUGUGCAUUUGAUUUAUUAUUUAUUUCUUAGGGACUCAUAUAGAUUAAGUGACAGUUGGACAAUUAGUCUCACACAAAAUAAUGAGACUUUGGACAUGGUGGGAGAUGAAUGAAAUACACAGAAAGUUGAUUGUUUUCUCCUAAGCAGAAGUUACUGAUGCUGUUCUACCAGCAGAGGGCUCCCUUUUUAAGCUAAUAAAGAGCAUGUGUUUUACAGACCACUGAACUGACUUAAAUAGGAAAAAGCUCACACUUUCAGUAACAUAAGAGAAUCUCUAUGGUAGGUGAUUGUACAUAUUGUGAGAAAUCUGAAGCAAAGUUUUCAAAUCUAUUUGAAGACUUUUUUCUCUAAGUAGAAAGUGUGCUGUUUCCCAGCAGAUAAUUUUCUUCUGAAAGGGAAAAUAGACUGUUGGACUAGAGAGCAUUUUCAUCUUAGAAGGUUUUGACAUGACAUGUCAUGUGAAUCCAGACAGGUAUGCUUAAGAGACGGAUGUUUCCGAGGUUUCCAGCUUUAGAAAGACUAUUUUUAAAAGUAGGGCAAGAUUAUGCAGCUCAGGAUACAAGGGCAUUCUCUGAACUAACCCUGUGUCUGGGAUCAGCUGGCAGGAGCCAGGAGAUGCACUAUCCCCCCCACCUUUGGGAAAGUAGAUAUUUCAAAUUAUAUCAAUUGCACCAAAGGAGAGCUUGUAAAAUCACUUUCAUUGUGAGUACAGCAGUGCUUCCCAGAUACUGCAAGUAAUCCUGAAGCUGGUUCCUGCCAGUGUGGACUCUGUGUCAGCACCUUUGGGUCACCUUCUCGUUACGGAGUGUGAGGGUAUUACAGACAGAACCUGUUUUUUUCAAAGAUAAUUAGAAGGUAGCUUUUUCUUCUAAUAAAACUAAAAAUAGAAAACAGAAAAAGUUUUGUUGUAGGUGUGAAAUUUUUUGCAUGUGGCUUAAAAGAAAUUAACUUCAGUUUCACUUGUUAAUUUUUACUUUCUCUGUCAGAGGGAAGUCAAGAGCAGGGCCAGUGGGUGGAGAAAAAGCAGUUUGGGAGCAAACAUUAGCAGGCUCGGUUCUGGUCCUGGAUUCUAGCCUGUGCUAUCAUCUUGUGCAAACCACUUCACUGGGGGUCAAACCAGAGAGAGAGAGUAUAGCAAGAGGGAAUUGCUUGAAGGAUCUGAGGAUUUUUUCCUGGUUUUAAAGCUAGUAAUUCUGUGAUUUUACUCUGGGUAAGCUUCAUGGGAUAAUAGUAAAGCUAUCUACGCUGAUGUGAGUGAAAAUUUUUCUUAGGCCACAUUUUAGUUCUUCAAAUAGCAGCCAACAGUCCCUAAGGCUUCACUGCAACUUUCUCAAAGGCAAAAAAACUCUAGGAAGGUGUGCCAUUCUCCCUGCCCUCCUGUCCUUUGCCCCAUGUAGCAUUUACACGAACCUAAUGCAGACACACCUCUUAGGGCCAUUUUAACGGGAGUUGAAACUGACUUCGUAGAAAUAGCUGCAGAGGAGGAUUUUUAUUUUGGGGGGUGGUUUUUAUGUUACAGAGCCUAGUGUAUCCGUGCAGAGUCACAUACUUUUCCCUGGGUGCCUCCUUCUGUGAAACCUUUGUAAACCUGUUCCCUGCAGGGUGGCCCCCGUUGGGCUCCCUUGUGACACCUGCAGCCCUCUGUGCUGGGGUGGGGGAGGAGGUGGACGUGAGUGGGGCACGGUGUUCUGGGUCGUUCUGAGAGAGGUUCAGGCCUUUACAAGCAAGGCUUUGAUUCUAUUUUUUGCUGAACUAGCUCAGCCACUUCCUGUGUUUGGCAGCGCCUAGUGCCUCGCUUCUCUGUGGCCACUUGAGCCCCGCGAGCAGCGCGCCGCCGCCGCCCCGCGGGUCCGUGAUCAUAUUUUGCGUCUGCCUACAAUGGCCUUCUCACUUCCUCCGCGACAGGAGGACGGGGGCCAGCCCUGGCCACUUGUUAGCCGAUGACAACUUCGACUUGGACUUGGGCUCCCCUCCCCCGCCCCAAAUCCCUACCUCAGCAAAUAUUUGAACCUGCCCAAGUUAAUCAUGAAGCCGCGAUCUUUAUCUGAAAGGGACGUGCGAGCGCGCGGGCUCUUUCCCUCCCUGGCGCGGCCCGGGUCCCGGCGCGCAGCGGGCUCCUGUGCCGGCGGCAGGCGCUGAACUGCACGGCGGCGGCAGGAGGACAGGCGUCCGACCCUCCCUCCAUCCGAGCCAGGCUUCCGCGCCUCCAGCGCUGGAGGAAUUGCUUUGGGGAUUUUUUUUUUUUUUUUUUUCAUGGUCGGAUACAGGCAUUUUUAAGGGAAACCACUGAAAUGCAUAACCUGCAAACACUGCCUCCUAAACCACCAAAACCCACUACUGUAGCCAACAACGGUAUGAAUAACAAUAUGUCCUUACAAGAUGCUGAAUGGUACUGGGGAGAUAUCUCGAGGGAAGAAGUGAAUGAAAAACUUCGAGAUACAGCUGACGGGACCUUUUUGGUACGAGACGCAUCUACUAAAAUGCAUGGUGACUACACUCUUACACUAAGGAAAGGAGGAAAUAACAAAUUAAUCAAAAUAUUUCACCGAGAUGGGAAAUACGGCUUCUCUGACCCAUUAACCUUCAACUCUGUGGUUGAACUAAUAAACCACUACCGGAAUGAAUCUCUAGCUCAGUAUAAUCCCAAACUGGAUGUGAAAUUACUGUAUCCCGUAUCCAAAUACCAACAGGAUCAGGUUGUCAAAGAAGAUAAUAUUGAAGCUGUAGGGAAAAAAUUACAUGAAUAUAACACUCAAUUUCAAGAAAAAAGUCGAGAAUAUGAUAGAUUAUAUGAAGAUUAUACCCGUACUUCCCAGGAAAUCCAAAUGAAAAGAACAGCUAUUGAAGCAUUUAAUGAAACCAUAAAAAUAUUUGAAGAACAGUGCCAAACCCAGGAGCGGUACAGCAAAGAAUACAUAGAAAAGUUUAAACGUGAAGGCAAUGAGAAAGAAAUACAAAGGAUUAUGCAUAAUUAUGAAAAGUUAAAGUCUCGCAUCAGUGAAAUUGUCGACAGCAGAAGAAGGUUGGAGGAGGACCUGAAGAAGCAGGCGGCCGAGUAUCGCGAGAUUGACAAGCGCAUGAACAGCAUUAAACCUGACCUCAUUCAGCUGAGAAAGACCAGAGACCAAUACUUGAUGUGGUUGACUCAGAAAGGUGUUCGGCAAAAGAAGUUGAACGAGUGGCUGGGCAAUGAAAACACGGAAGACCAAUAUUCGCUAGUGGAAGACGACGAGGACUUGCCCCACCACGAUGAGAAGACGUGGAAUGUCGGAAGCAGCAACCGAAACAAAGCUGAAAACCUACUGCGGGGGAAACGAGACGGCACUUUUCUGGUCCGGGAAAGCAGUAAACAGGGUUGCUACGCCUGCUCUGUCGUGGUAGACGGCGAGGUCAAGCACUGCGUCAUCAACAAGACGGCCACGGGCUACGGCUUCGCCGAGCCCUACAACCUGUACAGCUCCCUGAAGGAACUGGUGCUCCACUACCAACACACGUCCCUGGUGCAGCACAACGACUCCCUCAACGUCACACUAGCCUACCCGGUGUACGCGCAGCAGAGGCGAUGAAGGGCCGGCCCUGCCACCUGCUCAAGUUCAACUCUCUGAGGCCUCCGGCAAGCACAGGGCUCCUCCCCAGCCUGACCCGGGACCUGAGCAGCAGACAUGAAGCCGUCUGCCUGCAGAUGGGACUCGAGCUUUCGACAUAACGGCAGUAGGGGAGACAACGCAGCCUCGCACUGGGCAACGGCCGUGUGGUUCUCACCUGGAGUGCUUAGCAUCCCUUUUCUUUUUUUUUUUUUUUUUUUUUGGUUUGUUUUUCAGUUUAAUUUAAAGCCACAACCACACACGACACAGAAAAAGAAAUGCAAAAAUCUCUGCGUGCAGGGACAAAGAGGCCUUUCACCAUGGUGCUUGUUCAUGCUUUCAGAAGCUUUACCAGCUCAGAAGUCGGGACCUUGGAGACCGGAGCGGGGACGGGCCGCCCAGCCCUGGCCCUGGGGACGCUUGGUCCAGCCUGGGUGUUGCUGUGCACCGUGGCCCCAGACACAUCGCACUGUGGAUUAUUUCAUUUUCUAACAAAAUGAACCGAUAUGUAGCAGAAAGGCACUUCCGCUCAAGAGGAACACUUUGGGGAACGUCGGCUCACGUACGUUCAGAGGAAAUUCUGUUGUAGCAAAGUGCCAGAAAGUGUUUUGUUUAAACUCUUCAAACCAAGACAACCUACCAACAGAAAAAUGGAGCUUGGAAAACAGGACUUCAAAAUGACAUUUAGUAUAUAAAAUAUGUACAUAAUAUUGGAUGACUAACUAUCAAAUAGAUGGAUUUGUAUCAAAACCAAAUAGCUUCUGUUUUGUUGUGCUGAAGGCUAAAGUCACAGUGCUAUGCAAUUCUUUAUUUUCGUUGUUGUUACCUGUUUUCAGUGUACCUUCAGAAUAAGCUUCCCCUUGCCCCAGUUUUUGUUGCUUGAAAAUACUGUCCCUGAUUUUUUUUUUGUUAAUAUUCAUUUUGUUAUUCAUUUCCUUUUUUAAAAAAAAGAAGAAAUGUACAGGAUGCCAAUUUAAAAAAAAAUAUGGCUUCAGAAUUAAAACUAUAAAAUAUUUUACAGUUUUUCUUGUACAGAGUACUUGGCUAUUAGCCCAAGGUUAAAAGGUUCAUAACAGAUUUUGGGGGACUAAAUGUUUUGUUGGGCAGUGCCUGAUAAGCUUCAAAGCUGCUUUAUUCAAUAAAAAAAAAAAGAGAGAGAGAAAGAUAUAUGAAUAUGACAAAGUAUUGCUGAGUUCAACGACAUUGUUUCAAGACUUAAAAAAUACGGUACCUGGGAAUGUUUGUUUCAUAAAGAAUUGUGAACUUCUUGAAUCUAGGGAGGGGGCUGUAGCAAAGGGAUGUACAGGUGGGGUGGGGGGGUGACGAGAUGGCAUGCACUUUCUCUUUCUUGUGAUUACGGAGAAGCGGAUCACCGCAAAGGGAGGUCUUUUCCCACUUGGAUCCGCUGCUUGUUAAAUACCCUGAUGACAAUGACAAACCUACUGGAAGGCCAACACAGUGCCCCUGGCCAGAGAGCUCAUUCCUGAAGAAGGCAGGCAGGAGGGUUCACCCUCCUUGGAAACACUGAUUUCAAGGUGUAUCAUCGCUGCAUUUAGAAAACCUGUCUCCCUCUAGCAUUAGACUACCCAUUUCAACCAACCAACAUCCAUUUUAGAAAAGGCACGAUCUGCAAAGACACUUCUAUCUGGUGGUCUGUUACCUUCCUAGCUUCCCAUCCAAUUUAGACCAUAGAGCAAGCAGACAUGGUCCUAAGCAUCCCCUCCCUGGGCUGUGAGGAGCUUGUUCAAGUCACGCAGCCACUGUAGGACUCACAGUAACAGUCCUCAUUCAUCCAAAUAAUUGUGUUACACUUGCCGGGGUGGGGGGGGAGAGGAAGGGGUGGUUAGAGCAUUCUUUCCUACUUAAGCCAAGAGUGGGAGGCCUCUCUCCUCAAUCGACAUACGCAAAAGCCUUUAUGUCUCAUGUUGGGAGGUGUAAAGGAUAAUUAUCACCACGGUCAACGCGCGGGUCAGUGAACACAGAAUCUUACAACUUCAAUUUUCCUUGCUCACAAAUUAGAUUCACCACAGCUUGACUUCUCCUCCCUUCAAAUACUGGGGUAAGGGGGCUUGGUUUUUUUUUUUUUUUUUUUUUUUAAUGUUGCUCCUUUUAAAAUUCUUUUGAAAGGAUCAGUCUAGCAGCUGACUUCAACAACAGUCGAAUUUUUUUUUUUUUCAUUUUUACAUGAAGCUACUCAUAUCAAGAGCAAUAGUCAGUCUUAUAGCCAGACUGUCAGCCUUCAAACUUGACUGUACUGAGUUAUCUGACCCUCUCCCUCUCAUCUCCAGACAACUGAUGAUCUCUCUGGUCUUGGUCCACAAGUGUCUGCUUUCAAACUCUCCUUCCACAUCUCACACACAAGUCCAAAGGUAACAGUAGUUUAAAAACUAGGUUUGGUGGGUUUGGUUUGUGGUUGUUUUUUUUUUUUUUUUUUUUUUUUUUUUUUGGUAGCACAUCCACUUAUGCUAUUAAGAAACUUUAAUUUCUAACAUGUAAGAUCCAAGGUGGAAUAUUUCAUUAAAAAUCUACAGUUUUGUAUCAGCCUUUGCUUCAGCACUUCCCAAGAUGGCAUGGUAUUUAGGCACUUGCGUUAUUUCUGUGUCUCCUGAAGACAAAUGUAAUACAUUUUUUUCUUUGAACAGCGAAGGUAGGAUUUGCGGUUUCCUAUCACCGUGAGUUACAUUCUACCCGUGAUGCUAUACCUCUGCCAAAUGCCUUUUUGAGUGCAUCGAACAUGCCCACCAUAUCUGUCCUUGUAGAUGUUUGACCAGCAGGGCUCUGAGUCCAGUCAUUCAUGUCCUAACAACAUUGUCUGAGUGGCUUGUAUGAAUGGAAACAGCAGAGGCACUCCUGAUACAUGCUUAUGACAUCCAUGCAUUGAUUUUCCCCACCCAACGUGGUAUCCUGAAGAUAAAAGCCAGAAGCUAAGCUGCAGGGAGGCUGUGAUAGGGCUGUAGGAGCAUUGGGACCGGCUAUCAUACACGAGGGAAAAGAAGCAUCAUAACCAUGUGGAAAGGAAGAUAUCUUGUGUUUGCAACAUCUGGCAACUUCAUAGCCUUGGAUAUAUGUAUAUAUGUAUAUGUGCAUGGACUGUGUUUCCAGUAUACCUUUCAGCCAAAACAGAUCCACAGUCGCUGAGUUCAAGUACUUAACAAGACGAUGUCUAGUACAAUUCUUGUAUAUGUGUAUGGGUUUUGUUUUUUGUGUUUUUUUUUGAAGUUGCUUUGUUUUGUCUUAUAACGCUGAAAAUUGUGUGCAAGUGAAGUGAGAAGUUCAUAAUUCUUUGGCUUUUUUUGUGUUGUUUAAAAGUUAACUCCUUUGGGGGAGCUGGUCUACAUGGCGUGCUUUAACUUGGAAAUCCUUGUUUUCAGUGUGUCCAAGUCAAAAUGUGUUUCUGUGAGCUGUUACUGUGGGGAACCAAGUGCUCUGUCAUAUAGCUGGUUAUGAACUAGUAACAUGUCUGGGAAGUCCUACUGAUGUUCCUUAUUGGGAGAAAAAUUCUGCUGGUUCUAACAACUGUGCUUUUGCUAUGCAUGGUAUCCAAGUCAGUUGGAAAGCAGACCCUGAAAUCUGAGUUCAGGGUCACUUAAGAAAGGGGCAGUUUAAAGCACAAUGCCUCACAUGGGACAAAGUUCUGAAACACCAAAUUCUUUAAAAAAAAAAAAUCUAGUUAUCUAAAUUACUAGUAUUAUGAGUCAGGAGGGAGCAGAAUUGGGUUUACUGGAAACACUAUCCAACUGAAUAUUGAACUUGUCACCAUGAGAUAGCAUUAGCUGCCCAGGAUGCUGCUAUUUAAAAAAAAAAAAAAAAAAAAAAAAAAAAAAAGGAACAAAACAAAAAAAAUUCAUUUAUAUGUGUGUAUUUUUUAAAGCUAUGAUCUGUUCAAUGUUUUUACAAAUCUGUUUCUAUGACAUUGUUAAAAUAAAGUUGGUCUUUUGACGAGAGGGAGGAUGUCAUGGUCAGUGGUAAUUUUGCCUUUACAAGGCACCUGGGGUGGGGGGGCGGGGGGACUGUGCCUCCUUGACAUUUGUUCAAGCUCUAGAUUCAGUGGAGCUAUGUCUUGUUGUUCUAAGUUGCUUUAAUGCAUUGUAUUAGGUCUUCAAACAGAAUAAAGGUUGUUUUGAAACUUAA